AGUGCUGAGCCUCGAAGAGGGUCCACCUGCAACCCAGGAGGAGGAGGAGUCCUUGAACAGACCGGCAAGGAGCCUCCCCCUGCAGAUGCAGCAGUCAUGGCGGAAAGGAUGAGGGGCUGUGAGAGUCCCGAGAUGCCUGCCGAGGGGGGGGCCCCGUGCCAGAUGCCGCCAGGGGGCCGGGAGCCCCACCACCCAGCCGCCAGCGACGGAGCAGGCCCCAACGCUGACCAGGAGAUGCAGUGGGUCUCAGCCAGGGAGGAGGAGGAGGAGAGCCUGCCAGGAGCACCUGCCCUCCACAGCCAGCUCUUCCUCCGCCCGCCGCAGGGCCUGGGCGCCGAGGCCUUCUUCAGGGGCCCCCCGGCGGAGCCCUGCGAGGAGAUGUCCCGGGACCCUGCCGAGUUGCCCGGCCAGGCCGCGGGCACCGGAGGAGGAGGAGGAGGCCCCCCCUGCCCAGGGCCCUGUGAGGGGCGCUGCCGGGACUUCUACGGGGGGGAGCCGUGGCCGGGGAAGGCGCGCCUGCCCUCCAUCGUGGUGGAGCCCAGCGAGGGGGACGACGACGUGGAGAGCGGGGAGCUGCGCUGGCCCCCGGACGAGUUCUCCUUGCUGGAGGAGGAAGAGGAGGAGGAGGAGGAGGACGACGACCUCUUUGCCGAAGGGCUGUCGUCUUUCGAAAGCGACCUGGAGGAAGUGCUUCUGUAAGGCCGCCGGAGAGAGCCUCCCAGAACGGAAAGGGGAGGGGGGGCACGGGACCCCUGCCUGGCCUGGCCUGGCCUGCCUGCCAAGCUCCCUUGAAGACGGCCUGGAGCUUUCAGCUGAAGAAACAGAGUCGAGCGGCUCCCGGCUUUGCCCUCGGUGGAUGCAGACGAGGUUAGCAACAUGGAGACGCCCUGCUUCUGUUUCUAGCUGUCUGUCUGGUGGGGGUAACAGCUCUUCCAGGGAGGGGUGCCAAAUAGGCUGACCCCCCCCCCACACAAGACAGCAGGGUGGCUGUAAUUUCGGCUUCAUCCUGGCCACAGAGAAAGGAGGCUGCACAUGUAGAGACUGCAAAUAUCAACACUGUGUCAUUUCCCUUCCUUCUGAUUUGUAUAACUCAGUCCACAUAGCACAGGAUUUGUGCUUUUCCUAUUGCCCCCAGGGUGGGUCUCCCUGGCUGUCAAAAUGUAAUCUUCUUGGGGCAGAGACCUCUCUCUCUCUCUCUCUCUCUCCCUGGCUGCUCUUUAAUAACGAAGGCCUAUAUUUGUUAGCCACCCCAUAACAAACGGUUCUCUGGGUGGCACACAACAGUCAAAAACAUCCCAUUAAAACCCAUGACAGACCAAUGACAAUAGAAAAAACACAAUAUAGAGACAGUUUUCCAGCA